AUGUCCAAUGCCAUGUCUAAAAAGAAGGAUGACUCGGGUGCUUUUAUAAUCCCUUGCACCAUUGGGACUCACAAAUUUGACAAGGCAUUAUGUGAUCUUGAUGCUAGCAUAAAUUUGAUGUCAUACACGGUGUAUGAAAAUCUUGGGUUGGGUGCUUCUACACCCACCAUCAUGAGAUUAUUAAUAGCAUAUCGCUCAAUCAAGAAACCGAUUGGGGUGCUAUAUGAUGUAUUGGUAAAAGUUGAUAGAUUCAUUCUCCCGAUGAACUUUAUUAUGCUUGAUUAUGAAAUUAACCAUGAAAUAUCAAUAAUCCUUGGGAGACCUUUCAUGGCAACGGGAAGGGCAUUAGUGGAUAUAGAACGUGGAGAAAUGAUAUUCUGGGUACAUAUUGAUGGAGUCUCAUUCCGGUUAUGCAAAGCUGAGAAGCAACUAAGUGGGUUAAAAGUGGUCUCAAUUAUUGAUGUUAUUGAUGAUGGAGAGGAGGUUGGGUCAGGUCAUCUUAAAGACCCAACUUGA